GCGCGGACCAUGCCUGCCGCCGCCCCGCCGCCCCCUCUGCGCCCUGCCGCGGGACCGGGGGGCCCCUGCGCUUGUCCCUACAUCCACCGUCCCGAACCCCGUGGAUUUUUUGAUCACACUUUAAACUGUAUAAGCUCCAAUAUAAUGGAAAGGCGACUGCAAGGUACUUGUCCACCAGUUGGGCGUGGAAGUUUUGGAAAGUCCUUCUUUGGUACAAACUGUUUCAGUUCCCCAUUCAUAAAUUCCCGGACUGGUUUCCACACCAUCCAUUCUGAGAAUAGUCCAGUAAAGCCAAGGAUUGUCACUGUAGUAAAACCUUGUGGACACACAGUCCGGAAGAUAACAUUGCUUCUAAAUCGGCGUUCUGUUCAGACCUUUGAACAACUGAUUGCUGACAUCUCAGAAGCCCUGGGAUUUCCACGCUGGAAGAAUGACCGUGUGCGAAAACUAUAUAAUUUGAAGGGAAGGGAAAUCCGAAGUGUUUCUGAUUUCUUUAGAGAGGGUGAUGCAUUUAUAGCUAUGGGAAAGGAACAGCUAACUCUGAAGAACCUUGAAGUAGCUCUCCAAGAACUUUACCCUGAUAACCCCUAUGCUCCUCUUACUGGAACAACACAGAACUGGAAUCAACCUGAGAAACCCAAAAACAGGCCAUAUGAAAAGACUUCCAAAGCAGAAAACAGCCUAGAGCUUCAAACCACGAAGAACUGCAUGGAUGUUGUAUCUCCUAAGCUAAUUAACAGACAUGACAUAAAGGCUCAUGCCAAGGUCAGACAAGAGGAAAAGGCCAGGGCCAAAAACAAAUGGCUCAGAGACAACUGGAAUGGAGAGAAAGAUGAAAAGCCCAGAAAACCUAGAGAAACUGAGAGAUAUUUUAACCAAGAGAAAUGUCCUGAGAGUGAAACAGAAAAGAGUUCUGAUGUCAUUGUCAGAUGUGAGAAGUGCCAAAGGGAGAGACAACUCAUGCAGAAACUACAGAAGGAAAGACGAGCUGAUUUUCCAGUUGAGAGCAGAGAUUUGAAUAUGAGAACAUGUCAGAAAUAUAAUGUAGAAAGGCCUGCCAAAUUGAGAAAUUGCAGGAAAUUGUCAGAAAAUGUAGCAGAAAAAGCCCAGAUUACAUGGAGUGAUGCUUGCUGUCAAAAUUCCUGGACAACCUCACAAAUCCCUGUUGAUAAAAAUCCUGGGGAGCGAAAGAGGAGCAUUGACAGAGAGCAGACUCUGGAAAAGCAUGACAAUCAUGCUGAAGAAUUAGGAAAGAUAAAGAUGAAGCCCAUAGAAAGUCAGCGUACCAUAGUAGGAGAUGCCUAUGAACUAAGGAAGGAACACAGAAAAUGUUCUAGAGUGAAUCAAAGCUGUUGGCUGAUCAAGGGUUCUCAAAUGGAUGCAGAGAAACCAUCCAAAGUUCAAGGAAAGAGAGAAGAGUUACGGAAAUCAAAAGAGGAAACUGUUGGAGGGGAAGAGAAAGUGGGGCAUGGUGAAAAUGAACUGAUCAGGCAGGAAAAGGAAGAUGAACCUAAAGUUAUCAAGGAGGGAACCAAGAAAUGUAGGACCAGUGAUACAAAGCCAAGACACGAGCUCUCUAGCACAGCAGAUGUUGAGAAAUGCUAUGAAAUUGGGCGAACCAUUGGAGAUGGAAAUUUUGCUGUUGUGAAAGAGUGUCAUCACCGCAGCACCAAUCGGAGGUAUGCGAUGAAAAUCAUUGACAAGUCCAAGCUGAAAGGAAAAGAAGAUAUGCUGCAAAAUGAAAUCUUGAUCAUUAAGAGACUCUCUCACCCCAACAUUGUAAGCUUGAUUGAAGUUUUUGAAACAGAUGCAGAAAUCUAUCUAAUUAUGGAAUAUGUUCCUGAUGGCGACUUGUUUGAUGCCAUAAUAGAGAGUGUGAAAUUCACAGAACAUGAUGCAGCGCUCAUGAUAACUGAUCUGUGUGAAGCUCUGGUUUAUAUUCACAGCAAGAACAUUGUUCACAGAGAUCUCAAGCCAGAAAAUCUUCUGGUACAGCGUAAUCCAGAUAAAACUACCACCUUGAAGCUCGCAGAUUUCGGCCUUGCAAAGCUGGUGAAAAAACCUAUAUUCACCGUGUGUGGAACUCCAACUUACGUUGCCCCUGAAAUACUUGCUGAGAAUGGCUAUGGGCUGGAAGUGGACAUGUGGGCUACUGGUGUAAUACUCUAUAUUUUGCUCUGUGGCUUCCCCCCCUUUCGAAGUCAUGAACGAGAUCAAGAGGAGCUAUUUCAAAUCAUACAGCUUGGGCAUUACGAAUUUCUCUCACCAUACUGGGACAACAUUUCAGCUGCGGCAAAAGACCUGAUAAGCCGACUCCUUGUCGUUGACCCCAAAAAGCGUUACACUGCUAAGCAAAUUCUGCAGCAUCGAUGGAUCCACACAGCUGGGAAAAACAGCAGCAGAAAUCUGCAGAGGGAGGUGACGAUCAAUCUUGAGCGUCACUUUCGGAGCCAGCACAAGAUGGAAACUACCAAUGAGGACUCGUAAAGGGUGUGCCAGGUGCACAUAACUUGAGCAGAAGCCAACUGUGAAAGCACACUUACAACAUUUUGUUCAUAUGUACAGUCUUCUCUCAGAUCAGAAAUCAGGGCAAAAUACAGCAGAAAUCUGUUAUUCCUGUUUAGGGCUAAAGUCUUCUGUGCAGUGCUGACUGACUUCUUGUGAUGUUAUUUGACCACAUUCCUCUCCUUUUCAACACAUUUUCAAAUAAAAAAAUGAGAAAGAAUGUUUUUAAGAAAAACAAAUGCAAUCUUGAGGUGUGUAGCAAGCCAUUUAGCUGAACUGGCAUUAAAUUUGCUGCAUACUGCUUAGAUCACUGGUUUUUCAAAUGUGGAGAGAAGCUGGGUUCACCUUAUUGAGAGAUAUACUGAAUCUCCCUUAUUUAUUUAGUUUUGGGUAUCUGUUGGCAACUGAAGACUUCUUUGUUGUUGGUUUACUUCUCUGUAUGCUUCCUUCUUACACCUCUCUUUAGGUGUUAGGACAGUACAUUCUUUUAGAGACUAAGAAAAGAUCGUGAAUAUCUUGAAAAAGGCAAUUUACUAAGACCUUGUCCAACUGCUAGUUAAAUGGAUAUGAUGGGAUUGUAUUUGUAAUCAGUCCACAUAUGUUUUAUAUAUUUAAAUAUCAGCCAGGAUCCAAAGAUCUACUUUAGGUAUGACUGUAGGGAUUUUGGUAGAGGAAUAUUCUGUGAGAUUUUGGGAACAAAGCAGCAAACUUCCAUAUCUUUCUGAAAGUCUCUUAAGUUUCAACAGUAGCUUACCAUGUGGCAUGGAACCCCUGUGAGUUCUUUGGGAUCUGGCUAUUGAACUCUUAUUUGCUGUUACAUUUUUCUUCGUAGAUCUAAAGCAUUUGUUUGGUUUGUUGAUAAGGAAUGUAUGGGGUGGGGUGCUUCCUGUAUGAACCACAUAUAAAUUUGGAGGCUUGUUUGAAAUGUGUUUAGGGCACAGACCUAUGGAUCAUAUCCUCAGUACUCAUAAGUCCCCAAAAUUGGAAGAUGCUAGCAUAUUUGACAGAGUAGGAAUAGCGGUGUAUAUGACAUUCACCUCCCCUUCCUCCAGCCCUGCAUUUUUGCUAAAUAGGUUUUUUUGCCAGUCUGCUGAAGGUGUUUGGAGAGAGAGGGAAGGAGGCUGUCAGAGGUUCAGGAUAGCCUUUUAGUCUCCUUCUGUUCCUAUGCCAACUUUUAUCCCUCUAUGAGGUCAUGCUUCCAACCUCAGAGAGGAAGCUGGUGUGUUUUUUCCUAUACUGGCUGCAUUGGGCAUUAGGUGAGAGCUCUAGUCAUGGAAUUGAGAAUCUGAAAUAUCCUGUGGCCCCUCAGAUGCUGUUCAGGGGCCAUAGGAUUUCUCCCUUAAUGUAUAUAAUAUUCUAUUCUGGGUAUGUACUAGAAAUUAUGAGAAGAAAUUAAUAAGAUAUUGUGCUAAUAAGAUGUAAAUUAACUUAAUCUUAACUGAUCUAAUUUCCUAUUCCCAAUGAAGAACUGGAACACAUAAGAAAAUAAUCCCUCUUCCUUAGCCAAGGUAGGACCUGACAGUCAUCCGCACAGGUCUGUCCUGUGUUGUUAUAACCUUUGAGAUACUUCCAAUAUUAUGUCAUCAGAUCUUUGAGUUCUAGCCUUUUCCUUAGGACAUCAUAUUUAAACUGCUGUGGGAAACAGCAAAUUACAAGGCACAAAUAUCCUGCCCUGACAUUAUCUGUUAGCAGUGAGUUGAUCUUGAACCAAGAAAUUUCUGUUAUCCAAAUCUGUAACCUAGCCAAGUAUGUCCUCUGGGGUUUGUAGGUGUUCAGCCCACAGUUGUGGAAGUGACAAGAAGUGUAUAGCAUUGGUGCUAUGACAGCUCUGGGUGACUGGCCAGGUCUGAUAUAAAUACUGGAGGCUGGGCUAGCUGUCUGUUCUUCCUAGCCAGACCACCAGCUUCGUUCUGUUCCAUGUCAGCAGCCAGUGCCUGUCUCUGAUUUCUGAUCCAGAUCUGGCUUCGGCUGCAGGAGUCCUACAUCGUAGGAUGGGGGUAUUGAAGUAUGGAGAAACCUGUUUUUCUGAGUUUGUUUGUCACAGGAUGAAAGUCCGAUUUUCUUGCUGCCACUUACGAAUGGAUAUGUGGGAAGCAGAGCUGUCUGAAGAACUGACGUCACUGCCACCAUCUGUGUGAAAUUUUACUCUUCUCCUUUACCUUCACUUGGGAUGGGAGAGCUCGAAUGCUGUCACUAGAACUUCACUGCAGAUUUGCCAGCUCGCUUUUUAGCCGUCUCUUUUCAUCCCCAGGUUCUUUGUUUUUUUGUUUUGGAUUGGACUGUAACACUCAUCAGAAAAAUUAAAAAACUCAGGAACUUA